AUGGCCAAGCCCAAGGUCUGUCUGGCAUACUCUGGUGGCCUCGACACAAGUGUCAUCUUGAAAUGGCUCAUUGAGCAAGGAUACGAUGUCGUCGCCUUCAUGGCCGACGUCGGCCAGGUCGAAGACUUCGCCGCCGCCGAGAAGAAAGCGCUCGCCGUGGGCGCCGUCAAGUUCGUCGUCGAGGACCUGAAGCGCGAGUUUGUCGAGGAGCUGUGCUUCAGGGCCAUCCAGUGCAACGCCAUCUUCGAGGACCGAUACCUGCUCGGAACGUCUUUGGCCCGCCCGGUCAUUGCCCGCGCCCAGAUGCGCGUGGCCCAGCAGAACGAGUGUAUUGCAGUGUCCCACGGCUGCACCGGCAAGGGAAACGACCAGGUCCGAUUUGAGCUGGCAUUUUACGCCAUCCAGUUCCUUGUGCAGCCAUCCAUCAAAGUCAUCGCGCCGUGGCGUCUGCCCGAGUUUUUCGAGCGUUUCGCCGGCCGAAAUGACCUGCUCGACUACUCCGCUCAGGUCGGCAUUCCUGUGACGUCUACCAAGGCCAAGCCCUGGAGCAUGGACGAGAACCUGGCCCACUGCUCGUACGAAGCCGGCAUUCUGGAGGACCCGGACGUCACGCCCCCCGAUGACAUGUGGAAGCUGACCGACUCUCCUCUGACCGCGCCCAACACGCCCGAAGAGUUCAAUCUAUCGUUCGAAAAGGGCAUCCCGUCCAAGUUGACGACGGCCUCGGGCCAGACACUCACCGACUCGGUCGAGCUCUUCACCACGCUGAACGCGAUUGGCCGCAAGCAUGGUAUUGGGCGAGUGGACAUUGUCGAGAACCGGUUCAUCGGCAUCAAGUCCCGGGGCUGCUACGACUCGCCGGCCAUGACGAUCCUCCGCGCGGCGCACGUCGACCUGGAGGGCCUAGUGCUGGACCGUGAAGUGCGUGCGCUGCGCGACCAGUUUGUCACGUUCAACUGGUCCAAGCUGCUGUACAAUGGACUGUACUUCUCGCCGGAGCGCGAGUUCAUCGAGAAGAGCGUCUUGGCCAGCCAGGACACGGUCAACGGCACCGUCCGGCUCUGUGUCUACAAGGGCGCCGUCUCCGUGCUCGGCCGCUUCUCCGAGACCGAGAAGCUGUACAGCGCCGAGGAGAGCAGCAUGGACAGCCUGAUUGACUUCAGCCCGGUCGACACGACGGGGUUCAUUGGCAUUUCUAAGAUCCGCGUGGCCAAGUACGGCCAGGCCAAAGCCGAUGCUGGCGAGAGCCUCAGCCGCGCAUAG